GUUACAAUAAUUUAAUUGUUAUGAUACUUAAAGCGAUUGUGGAUUAUUAUUACAAUACUUUAAGUAGGUAUGAGUAGUUAUGUUGGGAGAAUUGGAUUAGGUGAAUAAGGUAAAAAUUAGUACUGUUAUCAGUAUAAGAGUAUAAUUAGGACCCUCGAGAACUAAUUAAUUAUUGAUUCGAAACCAAGGCCCGCAGUGGAAACCCCUAUUUGGCAGCAGAAGACGCUCAAGCUCAAGCUCAAGCUCAAUCUCAGUGGCAUUCUCCACGAAACUUCUCGCUGACGACGUCGUACAAAAAAGUUGUACCUCAAAUCAGCAGGUUGCAGUGGGAAGGAAAAUGCUGCCUCAGAGGAUGAAAAAGGUCAUUACCGACAACCCAAAACAACUUGCUGACUUGAUCGACCUUGUAAACCUGCCCUCAACGCUCAGAGAAUUCACGGGCCAGUCGCAGACCUCGCGUUUGGGGUGCUUUACGCGUGUUUGGUCGUACAUCAAGGAGAACAAACUCCAGGAUCCAAAUAACAAGAAUCUGGUCAAUUGUGAUGCUAAAUUGAAGCAAAUUCUGUUGGGUAAAGGCCAAGUCGAUCUUGCUGAACUUCCUAUGCUGAUUAAGCUGCAUUUCCCGAAGCAGCAGAAAUGAUCUUCACGUUUGCAAGUCAAAGACGGCUGACACCAACUCUUGCUUUCGCAUUCCUUUCUAUAGAUCGGAUGAAAACAGAAAGUUUAUGUAAUAGUCAGAUGGUCGAGGAAUUAUUUCUGUUAGUGGCGAGUUGGCAGGUUAUCCUUUCCAUCGCUGCCUUCAGAAUUUUUCUCAAAUGUUGUAGUUAGUAAUAUGACAUACAUGGAUAUCAGCUCUACAUAUAUUAUUGGUUAUCGCUGCCGUCAUGAGAAAAAUCCCAUUACAAUGAUAAUGAACUCUCUUUGACUCUGGUUUUUAGUUUUUAACUUUUCAUUGUAUGGCUAUACAGAGAAAGCAUUGCGUUCAGGUGCUAUUUGUUUUUUCUCCCUCUAGAUUCUUUGCAUCAGGCGUAUCAUUAACUGCUUAGAGUUUUCCUUUUUUUUUUUUCUUGAAAGAAACCUCACGAGAAAAGGUCAGAAAAUUUAACUGAUUCAACAGUUUGACAAAUUAGUCAAGUUUUUCAAUAAUUGAACACAUUAAAACAUUUUCUGUAGCAAACAGUGCAAGAGAAUUCUUUAUGGCAUGAUGUGCUAUUAUGCCAUUCGUUUUCUCUGUGGCAUGAAAAGAAUCCCAGAAUGCAUAUUUGGUUGCAUCUCUGCAUCUGAAAGGGUUAUACCUGUCACAUGAGUAAAGCAUCUCAAAAGUUCCAGUCCCGCAACAUGCUGUUGCUGUGUCUUCAAAUCCUUUAUUAGGGCAACAAAUUCAGAAGGCAUCUUGAGAUAGCGUUGACAGAAACCUGAAUUACAUGUCCUACAAAUUUCAGGCAAUUAGCUGUAAUGUAGACGGUCUUCUAUAUUUGAAACAAAUAGAGUAAGGACGAUGAAGAGAAGAAACAAUAUGGAAAACUAGAAACUGCAAAAUCAAGUGGGGGAGGGGGAGGUGAGUAUGCUCCUGCUUAAACUUUGUACAUCAUUUUAUUGAGUUUCUUUUCUAGCUCAAAGAUUCAUCCAGUGUGAAAGAAGGAUUGACCAGGUAAACUUUGGAUUAUGAUUUAUGUGAUGGUGUAGAAGUCUUUAUUUUCUUAAUGGCAGACGUUUCUUAGGAUAAGCAACAUAUUUUAAAAUGAGAGAUAUUUUGUUUACAUUGUUGUCUUUUGAACAUUAAAGAUCUCAUACUAUCUUGGCAAAAUCUACACAGGAUGAACAUCCUAGAGUGAGCAUUAUACUAAUGCUUGAUUUGUAAUUAAUUUCUGAAUUUAUGCCUGAUGCUUUCUGGUCCUGUCUAUCUUGGAAUCUACUGUAUCUUUUCAAAUGUUAGCCUUACUAUUUUAGCAAAUUAUAAUUGUUGCAGUUGACUUUGAAAGUCUGAAACCUCCAGCAAUGGAAGGGUUGGAUGCGCUACUAGCUAAGAAAAAGCAUACACCGAAAAGUGAACUAGAACAAAAUGGUAUUCCUCAGUUGCAGUCUUCACCAUCUGCUAAUUGGUUUUCUUCAUCAAAGUCUGCAAAGAAGGUGUCUCUAAGCUGUGUUACAUCAAUUAUUGAUGGAUUGAAGAAGUUGUACGUCCAAAAACUGAAGCCAUUGGAAGCAACAUAUCGUUUCAAUGAUUUUGUUCCCCCUUUGUUGACAAAUAGCGAUUUUGAUGCUAAGCCCAUGGUGAUGGUUUUUGGGUCAAUACUCAACUGGGAAAACAACAUUCAUUAAACAUCUGCUCAAAACGAGUUAUCCAGGUGCUCACAUUGGACCAAAGAAAUAUCACAAUUGUACAGAGAAAUAUCACGAUUAUGUUUAUCUCUCGUUUGCCAACAGGUUCAGAGGGAGUUCCAUCUGCCAGCAGGGG